AUGAAAAGUCGCCAAAGAGCACAGUCCGGAGUCGCGAAGCCCUCACGGAACGCCACCAAAAGAGGGACGAAUUCCUCAUCGUCCCUGACCUCAUGCAGUAUUGACCGCCCGCAUCGCUAUAUAUAUUGUCUGUACUUCAGCACGAGCAAUGCAGUUCAAGCGGCGUUUCACACGGACAGACCCCCUUCUGCGGGAUAG